GGAACGUUUAUGCGUAGCUUUGGAGGCUGCGCGCCUCCUUCGGACCGUUUCACUGAACGCACAUAGUCACAAGAUGGCGGCCGCCAUGGUAGGCCCACGUGUUGAAGAAGAAGCUGCCGCCGCAGAAAGUGAUUGUGGCUCUGAACAAAGCUCAGGCCUUCUGGAUGACAGCUUUUCUUCUGGGGCUGAAGAGUUGGAAGGUGAAGAGGAGAAUGAGCCUGCAAUCCUGGAAGACAAAGAUAAAAUUGCAACUAAAUCCAAAGAUGCAGCAAACACCGGCUGGGCUGAUGCCAUGGCUAAAGUGCUUCACAAAACAGUUCCCAAGAAUAAACACACCAUCUUGGUUAAAAACAAAGAACGAGAUAAGGAACGAGAGAGAGAAAAACAGAAAAGGUUGGAAAAGAGGAAGCAGCUUGAUAAAAAGCGGGAGUGGGAAGAGAUGUGCAGAGUGAAGCCAGAUGUUGUCAAAGACAGAGAAGCAGAGAGAGACCUUCAGAGAAUUGCCACGAGGGGAGUAGUCCAAUUAUUUAAUGCUGUCCGGAAGCACCAAAGAAACGUUGAAGAGAAGGCAAAAGAGACCGGGAGUUCCGACAGAAAACGGGCCAAAUUGAUAUCAUCUGUUUCAAAGAGAGACUUUAUUAAUGUACUGAGAGGGAUGGAAGGAACAGAAAUGGACCAAAAUACGGUUAGGAAGUCUGUGAAGAGCAAGCAGGGUGACUCUAAAUCUGAAGAGGAGCCAGCAUGGCGUAUAUUGCAGGACGACUUCAUGAUGGGAGCCUCAAUGAAAGAUUGGGACAAGGCGAGUGAUGGGGAAGACAACAUUGGUCAAGAUGGGGAAGUCAAACAGGAGAGGAAGUAACUCGGACUAAUGAAAUUGAAAACCUGUAUAUUUUUGUUAGAGUUUUUAUUCAUCCAGGAAGCUUUGUCCUACAAAAGCAAAGUGGAAGAAAAGCUGCUUAAUAAAGGAUUGUCUAACUAUCCUGAAGUCCUGUGGUAUUUCCUCACUAAUAAUGCCUAAUUUACAGAUUUCAAAAACAUUUUAUACAGUCAAAAUUGACACCUUCCCAAUCAGAAAGGAGAAGGUUUUGCCAAGGGAAUUGUAAGUUUCGGUAGUUGUUAAUGUUGUGCUCACUGUUUCACUUUGAUGUUUGUAAAUGGGCUAGGUUUUGAUCAGUUUAUACAAUAAAUAUUGGAAUACCAGAAACAUG